AUGCUCAGCCUUAUCAAAUUACCACGAGUCUUCACCAUCAAUCAAGUGCCCAAAGUUUUCCAUGAGGACAGCAUAAUCUCUGGCUACCGACACCCCCGCAGCUCCGCCACUGACUGCAUCCUGAGCCUCUUCCAGCUGACCAAUGAGACACUCAACAUCUGGACUCACUUUUUGCCCACCUGGUACUUCCUAUGGAAAGUAGUGACGGUGGUGCUGAUGCAGACAGCAUGGCAGGACUCCUUCAUCUGGCCUCUUGUGAUCUUCCUGCUCACCUGCUGCAUUUAUCCGCUGGCGUCGAGCUGUGCUCACACCUUCAGCAGCAUGUCGACGCGGGCACGCCACAUCUGCUUCUUCUUCGACUAUGGUGCCCUCAGUCUCUACAGCCUGGGUUCAGCAAUCGUCUAUUCAGCUUAUGUUUUCCCGGACAAGUGGGUGAACAGCUUCUUCCAUCAGUGCUAUGUCACCAUCGCUGUGCUCAACACUGUCAUCUGCACCGCUGUGGCCUGCUACUCCAGGCUUGGCUUACCAUUUCUACAAUACAAUUAUGACACCGUAAAGAGAUUCCCUGAGAGCCAGGGUCCAAAGUUCAGCAAAUUUCUCCGUGUUGUUGCCUUUGCCUAUCCAUACCUGUUUGACAACAUUCCUCUGUUCUACAGGGUGUUUCUGUGUGAAGGAGAGGGCUGUACAGACAAUGAUACCAACAUCCUCCACUACAACCACAUCGCCUUGGCUCUCCUCACAGGCUUUCUGUUUGCCACACAUUUACCUGAGCGCCUGGCACCUGGCAGCUUCGACUACAUAGGUCACAGCCAUCAACUCUUCCAUGUGUGCGGCAUCCUCGGCACUCACUUCCAGAUGAAGGCCAUGGAACAAGACAUGGUAACACGGCGCCCCUGGCUCCUUGAACACUCCAUACCCAUUAGCUUUGCCAACUCAGUGGGAGCAGCGCUGCUUUGUGUGGUGGUAAAUUUGACUAUCAUCAUCCUCUACAGUCUACCUCUCCUCUCUGCUCCAGUCCAUCAAGAAAAGAAACACGAUAAAGGUUCAAGGAAAGCCUCAGCCAAGGUGCCUUUCCAGUGGUCACCGUCUGCUGGACUGUCGUUUGCUCGCCUGAUGAAGAGUUUCUCCACUGCUCCUGUGCUCGUUCUGCCGGAUCUGCAUCGCCAGUUCGUGGUGGAGGUGGACGCCUCGGACGUGGGUGUUGGUGCCGUUCUGUCCCAACGUUCCUCGGAGGAUGGGAGGUUCUGUGCUUAG